CCCACAGCCCCCGACCCCAUGUAGCUCAUACAACAGCCAUGGCUCCGCAAGGUGAUUGCUCGCUUGAAUUAGAUCCCCGCGAUAUUGUCAUUCAACGGGAGAUCAGCCGCUCGGAAGCUUCGACUGUAUUCGAAGUACGAAUAUGCGGAAAGACACGCGUUAUGAAACUAUUCCAUGAUAAUGGGGAUCCAGGUUAUAGCAGAAGAGGUCGCGACCUGAACCGUUUCCGUUGCGAGUUAAAUGCAUAUCAUAACCUCCUCAAAUUUGGCGUGUGUGAUAGUGGUUUUGUUCCGUUCUUUCACGGCUUCAUUGAUCGCCUCGAUCCGGCCGAUUUUAACCCACAGCUGAAUCACUUCCGGAAAGAUCGAUUUCUACCGAGGGCGAUAAUCCUCGAGUAUUUCCCGGUAGCCGAAAAGCUCAAUUGCGUGAAUUAUUCGGAUGAUCUGUUUCGCUAUGCGGUUAAGGGGAUCAGUAAAAUUCAUGGAGCACUGAUCCAUCACCAUGACAUCUAUCCAAAGAAUAUACUCGUUGUGUCCGGUAGUAGAACUGUCUGGAUUGAUUUUGAUGUUGCCAUGACAUUUACAGAUCUGGGCGUUCGUGAGAAAGCCUACUGCGAGUAUGAAGUCGAGCUUGUCAAGAGUUUCGGAAAGCUAUUGAAAAAUGAUCAGUUACAGGGCCUACCCCCCAACACGAGUUAUUAUUGAGCCAGAACUUCUGAAAACUGGGUUAGCACAUCACAUGUAUACAUGGUUUCGAAAAGUGCAGUUUAUGGCUGUGUCUCCACCGUGAAGCCUGUAUGUCGAAAAUGGCCUGAAUGACUUAAUCUCAACAAUAUCAUAACUAACUAGCAGUUGUGGUUUAUCUUCGAG